AUGACGAAGCUCUACACCAUCGUUCACAAGCCGGUCAUGCAGUGUUGCACUCCGCCUCGUUACGUGAUUGAAGUGGAAGCCUCUCCACCUCACAACUCACUCUUCCCCUCCCUCCACCUCCACUCCAGCCACCUCUGCUUUCCCCUUGCCCCUACCUUCCACCCAACUCGCAACACCUUCACAUCCACUUCCUACUCCAUCCUACACAUCACAGCACCACAUCGUCAAUGCUCGCGACAUCACCGCAACACUUAUUUCGCCAAUCACAUACACCACCUGUCCAUGCAACUCAUCACAUUCAUUCACCACAUCCGUGUGCCAAUGGGAGCACUCGGGAAAGUUCUACUGUUCAGCACAAAAGUGGCCUUUCAUCGUGAACGUGUGUUGCAUGCGAUGUCGUCAGAUCCCUUCUCGUGUCUCAGCCUCUCAGUGGCAAUGUGGAUGUGA